AUAGGUUACAAAAUACACUAUAAUCCUGACACUAUAUAAAUUUGCGCAAGCAAUCAGUCUCGAAACACUUUUGCAAACCUGCUACAAUAUUGAGAGCGCCUAGUAAUGGAUAAGCUGGAAGAAUUAUCCUCGCGUAUAUUUCCAUCCGAUGCAUCCAAAGGCAAAAUCGGUUCAAUACAGUACAAUGUGUGGUUGGCACAGUUGUUUGGGGUGCCUGUGGUGGGCCUAAAGGCGGAGUCAACGCGCUUGAGGAUUGCGCUUGGCAUUUAUGGAGUGCUCAUGACGCUGGCGGUGACAUUCUUUUACACGGGUUUCGAAAUUUACGAUAUGAUUUUGUGUUGGCCCAAUUUGGACAGUUUGACGCAGAAUAUUUGCCUCUCCCUGACACAUAUCGCUGGAGUAUUCAAGGUUAUUAAUAUUAUUUAUCGGCUGGACGAAAUAGCCUUUGUGGUGAGAAGAAUUGAGUACGCAGCGAAAACUUAUGUGAUUUCAAAAAGUCAGUUAGUUGCCUUUUAUCGUGGGGAAUUUGAGAAUAAAAUACCCUUAACCGUUUAUGCCUCACUGGUGGGUUUCACAGGCGUACUUGGCCUCAUAUAUCUGUUCUACAAUCCCAUCGGCGUUGCCGGUCAAAUAUUCCCCUAUCGCGUGAAAUUGCCGGAGUGGAUGCCUUUCGGCAUACAACUAGCCUACAUGGGCAUGAGUGUUUUGGUGUUUGCGUUACAGAUCGUCGCCAUCGACUAUCUCAAUGUGACCAUGAUCAAUCAGAUACGUUUUCAAUUGAAAAUACUCAAUUUGGCUUUCGAGGAGCUCAAAUUGGAUUGUGUUAACGCGAGGGAACAAGAAGAAGUCAACAAGCGCUUACACACCAUAGUUGAACACCAUUGCCUGCUCCACGAUCUGCGCAAUGAUGUGGAGGAUAUCUUUCGCCUGCCUGUGCUCUUACAGUUUUUCACCUCACUCAUUAUAUUCGCCAUGACGGGCUUUCAGGCGAUUGUCAAAGUGGAGAACUCAAAUGGCGCUGCACUCAUUUACUGUUAUUGUGGCUGCAUUUUUUGUGAGUUAUUUGUGUAUUGUUGGUUCGGCAAUGAAGUGUCGGAGCAGAGCAAAACUUUGGCCGCCAGCGGUUACGGCUCGCAUUGGUAUGCGUUCGAUCAGCGCUUCAAGAAAUCACUCUUAAUAUUUAUGUGCAAUUCGCAAACACCGUUUGUUUUUACGGCUGGCGGUUUCAUGUCUCUGUCGCUGCCCAGUUUCACUGGUAUUUUGAGUAAAUCUUAUACUGUCAUAGCGCUCCUGCGGCAAGUGUAUUCACGCAUAAUUGACAUAGCACGUGUGAAAGAAAAACCUAAAACACAUACACAAAAACUUUUGACUCUUCAACGCUUAAACGCCUUAAGUCGACACCUACUAAUUAGUGCCAAAAAUAAGCGAAAACAAAAUAAUUGCUAUAAAUGUAAGCAUACUUUAAGGCGUAUUACCAUUUCGGUGUGUGUUUUGAAAGCGUCAAGUAAAAUGGCUGAAUUUCUAGACAAAUUAAAAGAAGUGUACUUUCGUGUAUUCCCCUCCGAGGCGGGCAAAGGGAAAAUCGGUUCCAUUGAAUUUAAUAUUUGGUUGUCACAAAUGUCGGGUGUACCGUUAUCGCCAUGGUUUGUGCCGCUACAGCGAACACGGCUUGUGAAUGGAUUAUUGCUGACCUACGGUAGUUUUUUGACUUUCACAAAUUUCUUCUACAUUCUUUUCGAAUUCUAUGAUUUGUACAUCUGUUGGCCGGAUUUUUAUGCGUUCACACAAAACUUCUGUCUGACAAUGUCGCAUUUCGCUGGCGCCUUGAAGAUUUAUAACGUAUUGUUUCACUUGAGAACUCUGCAGGGAGCCAUUUUGAAGCUGAAACGCGCUACGAAGUCGUACAUUAAAACGGAUGCGCAGCACAAGAUAUUUGCCCGCGCUGAGAUGGAAAACAAGCUCUUUCUCGUCAUUUAUGCCACCGUAGUUGGAUUCACCGGGUUCGUGGCGAUGGUUUCAGUUUUUAUAAAUCCCGAUAUGGCUGGUCAAAUAUUUCCAUAUCGUGUCGCAAUGCCCGCUUGGUUACCGUUCUUCUUGCAGGUGGUCUAUAUAGGUGUCACUGACUUCAUGUUCGCCGUUCAAAUUGUCACGGUUGAUUACUUAAAUAUAAGUAUGAUGAAUUUACUACGAUGCCAUUUAAAUAUCAUCAAAUCGACUUUUGAUGAUCUUAUUUUGCAUGAAUGCCACGUGAGAAGAGAUAUGAAGCGUAUACGUGAUCCCAAUGCACGAAUGGCUGACAUUGUGGAGCAUCAUUGCAUACUGAAGUCCGUGCGUGAUGACGUUGAACAUAUCUUUCGCCUGUCCAUAUUACUGCAAUUCUUCACUUCUUUGGUUAUAUCUGCGGUGACGGGCUUUCAGGCGACUAUGAACUCUAGUAACUCAAACAGCGAGAUGAUAAUAUAUUUUUAUUGUUUUUGCAUUUUUACUCAGCUGUUCGGCUAUUGUUGGUUCGGAAAUGAGGUUAAUGAACAGAAUAAAACUCUCGCAGCUCAUGGUUAUGGCUCGUCUUGGUAUCACUUUGAUCAACGAUUUCGCAAGUCACUCGCAAUUUUCCUGCUUAACGCCCAACAACCAUUUAAUUUUACUGGUGGCGGAUUUGUUGACUUGUCCUUGCCCAGUUUUACGAACGUACUGAGCAAGGCCUACAGCUUCAUCGCUGUACUGCGUCAAAUGUACGAACGUUGAGCGAUUAAUUGUAUUGUGAACAGGCCUUAAGGUUGAAAGAGAGGACCAUUUUGGCCGUGGUAUAUGUAUUUGCUUAUGUUCAGCGUUUAAUAAAUAAA